AUGAAUCCAGACACGCAAUCGACAAAGCUCUUAGCCCCCCCGUCCCAUGACUCAAGUAAUGGCAAGGCGAAUUCAAGGAGGGUUGUGGAAGACAAGACUUUCACGUUCGAUAAUUCGUUUUGGUCACACGAUACAGAAGACGAGCACUAUGCCACGCAGGAGGAUGUCUACAACUGCCUGGGCGAAGAGUUUCUUGAUCAUAAUUUCGAAGGCUACCACACGUGUAUCUUUGCUUACGGCCAGACUGGUUCGGGCAAGAGCUACACCAUGAUGGGCAAAGAUGAGCAGCCUGGAUUAAUCCCGCGGACAUGCGAGGACUUGUUCCAGCGCAUUGAGUCAAACGAAAGUGCAAACAUCAGUUAUAGUGUCAGAGUCUCGUAUUUCGAGGUCUACAACGAACAUGUGCGCGACCUCUUCCAACCGCGAACCGAUCCUCCACAAUAUCUCAAGAUCCGAGAGUCACCGAUCGAAGGGCCAUAUGUGAAAGACUUGACAGAGAUUCAGGUCAAGAAUUAUUCCGAGAUUCUCAAGUACAUGCGUAUGGGUGACAGUUCAAGAACGACAGCAGCAACGAAGAUGAAUGACACGUCUUCGCGUUCUCAUGCUGUUUUUACCAUCAUGCUCAAGCAGAUCCACCAUGACUACCGAACAGACGAGACCACGGAGAGGCUGGCACGUAUUCGAUUGGUGGAUUUGGCAGGCUCAGAGAGGGCAAAAGCGACUGAAGCUACAGGCCAGCGACUUCGCGAAGGAGGAAAUAUCAACAAGUCUUUGACGACCCUCGGCAGGGUUAUCGCAGCACUUGCAGAUCCCAAAAACGGUCGCAUGAAUAAUUCAAAUCGAAAGAACCGCGAUAUUGUACCUUACCGAGACUCGAUUCUUACCUGGCUCUUAAAGGACUCCCUAGGCGGCAAUUCCAAGACUGCCAUGAUCGCUUGCAUCGCCCCAUCGGACUACGAUGAGACACUCUCGACCCUCAGAUAUGCUGACCAAGCCAAACGAAUCCGAACUCAAGCGAUUGUCAAUCAAGACCAUGUUUCGUCGGCAGAGAAAGAUGCGCAGAUUACAGAGAUGCAAGAGACAAUCCGAGCAUUGAGGUGGACACUCAAUCAACAGCAACAGAACGGAAGUGUGUCGGUGAUGAAGGCUGUGCAAGACAGCGCAGAGGCACAGUCUGAAAAGGUUCGAGAGUUCACGUCGAAAUAUGAAAACAUGUUGCAGAUCAUGGAAGAAAAGCUUGCCAUUUCCGAAUCCAAGGUUCGGCAAUUGGAAGAGGAGAAGGAAUCAUUGAACAUCCACCUCAAACUUGUUCUCGACGAGCUCAAGAAUCCUAUCGUCAUCAACAAGGGCGGGACGGAAUCCAUGACAGAUGAGAGGGCUCCAUCGAGGGUCGCUACUCCAGAAAUGAUCUACGAAGACGACACGGCUUCCAGUGACGAACUUGACACAGAAUCGGACUAUGAUGAUGAAGCGGCUGAGAUGCAGGCUGAAAUGGAAGCCCUGAUCUCAGACUUGGGAAUGUUCAAAAAGAAGGUGGCGGCCGACCAUGAGAUGUUUGGUCUCGAAGUUCCAGUUUAG